AUGGUUGCAAAUAUGACUUGGUCUUGUCUUGUGUCUGAUAACUGUAUGCAUCAAAACUUCAUACUUGGAAGAGUGGAGCUAUCAUCAAACACUCCUUCCACAACUUGUCAUCACAAGUAAUCCUCUCCCAUUAUUCUCAACUCAACACAACCUAGUAUGCUUGUUCCAUCAACACUAUCAUAUCUCAAGCCUUUACCUUUCAAUUUCCUUUCCUGAUUUAGCUUGUUCAUCAUGUCAAUUCAUCUUCAAUUCUUGAUAUCAGUUUUGCUAUUCCUCUCUGUGCCAGUAUUAUCCCAAAUUGACCAGCUCAUGUAUGUUGGAUUCAAGGAUGCUGGUCCCAACAAUUUAACCUUGAAUGGAACUGCAGAGAUAGAUAAAAACGGCAUCAUAAAGUUAACAAAUGAAACAAGCAAUUUAACCAGUAAAAUUGUUGGUCAAGCUUUUUACUCUCAGUCUUUUCAGCUAAAGAACUCAACAACCGGUAAAGCUUUCUCCUUUUCUUCCUCGUUUGCUCUUGCUUUUGUUCACAAGUAUCCAAGUGGUGGUCAUGGGAUCAGCUUCUCAAUAGUAACUUCUAAAGAUUUAUCAUAUGACACUGGUAAUUCUUCUAACCAUAGUUUUGAUGUUGAGAUUUACACCGUUCUAGACUAUGAGCGUAGUGAUAACCAUGUUGUAAUAGACACCGUUCCAUACUAUCAUUCAACACUGCAAGAAAGUAAUUUCAAAAGUGGGAAACCAUUUCUUGUUUGGGUUGAUUAUGACUCUUCACAUAAUCUCGUUAGUGUUACACUUUCAUUAACUUCAAUCAAACCUCAAAAACCAAAUUUGUCCUUUCAUAAGGAUCUAUCACCUAUCCUUCAUGAUAUUAUGUAUGUUGGAUUUUAUGCUUCAACUUGGCCGCCGGAGAUCUCUUAUUACAUUUUGGGUUGGAGCUUUAAAAUCAAUGGACCAGCACCAUUUCUUGAUUUGACUUCACUUCCACAAUUUCCACAACCAAAGAAAAAACAAACUUCUUUGAUAGUUGGUGUUUCUGUUACUGCGUUGUGUUUCAUAGCAUUUGGUAUUUACGUACUCAGAAAAAUCAUGAAUGCUGAUGUGAUAGAAACAUGGGAGCUUGAAAUUGGGCCACAUAGAUACUCCUAUCUAGAGCUCAAGAAAGCUACAAAAGGUUUCCAAGAGAAAGAGUUACUUGGGCAGGGUGGUUUCGGAAAAGUUUACAAAGGGACAUUAUCGAAAUCAAGUAUCCAAGUGGCCGUUAAAAGAGUUUCACAUGAAUCAAAACAAGGAUUGAGGGAAUUUGUGUCGGAAAUCGCCACCAUAGGCCGGCUUCGCCACCGGAAUUUGGUUCAAUUACUUGGAUGGUGUCGUCGCAGAGGAGACCUUUUACUUGUGUACGAUUUCAUGGCGAAUGGAAGCUUAGACAAGUAUUUGUUUAAAGAUUCAAAAUUUGAGCUAAGUUGGGAAAAAAGGUUUAAGAUAAUAAAAGGUGUUGCUUCAGGUCUUUUGUUUCUACAUGAAGGGUAUGAGCAAGUGGUAAUACACAGAGAUGUUAAGGCUAGCAAUGUGCUUUUAGAUUUUGAAUUCAAUGGAAGAUUAGCUGAUUUUGGUUUGUCAAGAUUGCAUAAACAUGGUGGUAAUCCAGGCACAACAAGAGUGGCGGGAACAUUUGGCUAUUUGGCACCAGAGUUGCCUAGAACAGGAAAGCCAUCUACAUGUUCUGAUGUUUUUGCAUUUGGUGCACUUCUUCUUGAGGUUGCUUGUGGAAGAAGGCCCAUUGAACCAAAGGCAUUACCAGAAGAAUUGGUGUUGGUGGAUUGGGUGUGGGAAAGGUACAAAGAAGGAAGAGUACUUGAAGUAGUAGACCCUAAAUUGAAUGGUAAUUUUGAUGAAAGUGAAGUAAUGAUGGUGUUGAAAUUGGGAUUGAUAUGUUCAAAUGAUGUUCCUACUAUAAGGCCUAGCAUGAGACAAGUAGUGAGGAUUUUGGAUGGAGAAGUUGAGUUGCCAAAUGAAUUGAGACAGCCAAGAGAUAUUGAAUCACAGGAGGGGUUUGAUGAAUUUUUGCGUUGUCUUGAAACUUCUUCAUUUGAUCAAACGAGUUCAAGCUCCUAUCUUGGAAUUAGAGACAUGAAUACUAGGUUUGUCUCUUCUGCUAAAUGGUAGUAUAAAAUUCUCGUGAAUGUGUCAUGUUGGUUACCAUUUGUAGGUACACAAUAUAGAAUCUUUCUUUUAUUUCAAUUUUAGAUAGAAGCAAUAUAGAAUCUGAAUUUUAGAAACUUGUAUAGAAUAUUAUUAAAUUAUAAAUGAAACUAUUGAAAUGU